UGAUUUGCUUCUAUAAAUCCCAGUUUCUUGGUCACCCAAGCCCUCUUCCCCUCUCCUCCCCUUUACACCACCCUUUUCUCCUUUUCCAGCUUCUCAAGUGCUCGCUUCCCCUGUUCAUCUCUCCUCUUCUCUUCCUCCUGUGUUCGACGUAAAAAAUUGCUCGAUCUAUUCCAUCCAUUCUGCUUCUUCUUCUUCUUCUUCCUAUGGUAGAUUAAAAGGAGUUGUUGCGGGAUCUUCUCUUGGAGUUUGGAUUUUGAUCCGCGCAAAACCGAUGUUCCUCCUUAAUCUAAGUUCUUCGUGACUGCUGGUGCCAAAAAAUCGCUCCUUCUUCGAAAAUCAAUAACAAAAUCUGAUCUUGCUUGUUGAAUCUCUCGUCUUCCGUUCUUAUCUGUUCAGCCCUUGUUUCCUUCCUCUUGUCACAUCACAUGCAGCACAGGUUCGUCUUAAUGUUUCCCUUAGAUGACGCCUAUCCUAAGUGAGAUCCUGCUCUCGGGGUUUACGAUAAAUUCCACACUCAGGCGCAGGACGCAUUUGGUUCAAUCCUUAUCCGUGGUGUUCCUUUACUGGUUCUACGUUUUCUCAUGAACUUGUUCUGAAAUCAGAGCAUCUAUAUCUCUAUAUAGUUUUCUUUUUUUCCUAUUGCCUGCUUAUACUCUUCCGCUCAAUUUCCAUCUCCUGCUGCUCUUUGCAUAAUUCUCAUUAUUAUUACAUUAUUAAGAAGAAGAAGAAGAAGAAGAAGAAGAGUCCCGAUCAGUUGAGCGAAUACAGCUAGCUAGCUCUCAUGGCCCCUCCCGGUGAUACAUCUUGUGGUUGGAGCCAGAUUGGCAAGUCGCAGCCGGAGCAGGAGCAGGCUUUGAUGAACCAGAGGAAGCAGAAGAGAAUGGUGUCGAACCGGGAGUCGGCGCGCCGGUCCAGGAUGAGGAAACAGAAGCAUUUGGAGGAUCUAACGGCUGAGGUGAGGCAGCUGAGGAAGGAGAACAGCCAGAUCCUGACCGCCCUCAGCAUCACCACACAGCACUACGCGGAGAUGGAAGCCCAGAACGCCGUGCUCAGGGCCCAAACCGUGGAACUCGGUGCGACGCUGCAAUCCCUGAACCAGAUCCUAGUCCUACGCUGCAUGCACGGCACUGACUGGGUUUCUGACGCAUUUGGUGAGACGUCCGAUAGCUUGGCGAGGACAUGGAGCAUGGUGGGUGAGAAGCAGCCCAUUUGUACCGCCUCCUCUGACAUGUUCCACUACUGUUAGACGAUGCCAUAAGAGGGCGCUGUACGGCCUGCUCCAUUGCUCCUACCCAACGCUGGUGUCAUUCACUUCCCGUGUGCGAUCGAAUGCCGGAAAGUGUAGGUGAAAUUGGCUUAAGAGAAGUAAUGUAUGCAUGUAUAUACGCAUGUCCUGAUUCAUGUAUCCGGAGCUAGUAAGCGUGAUCCCUCGUAAUGUUA